UUUUUUGGUUCGAUUAUGUAUUCACGCCUCCCCAAACGAACAGGACUUUCCUAGGCAGACGGUCUGGAGUUGAGUUAAAGCGGACCGAACCGGGCUGGUGCGACUGAUGCGGUCUGAGGCUUAGAAUCAAGGAACUGAUUUCUGAUUGGAAGCAACUCUCUGCCAUCACCCUAAUCUCUGGUUCCCUCCACAGAUUCUGUGUUCCUCCAGCUCCUUUCUCCUGAUUCGUCACUUUUUGAAGUCCAACUUUCUCCACUCUGGGACCUGCUGCUCGGAGCGAGGCCAGGAUCCGGAAAGUUUGGGACAAGGAGGAAGAGGAGAUAAAUGCGUGGAGAGGACGGCCUGAAGAGCGAGCAUGCCGGGCGCGUCGCAGCUGCUGCUGCUGUCCCUGCUGGUCCUGUCCACAGGAAGUGAUGUCAGGAGGAAGAGAGGACUCUCCCAGAAGGACUACGAGUACCCGAGCCACCCGCAGUCCGCCCAGCACCAGAAGAACGACCGCUGCCCGCCGCCGCCCCAGAUGCUGCCGGAGCGGGCCUGCGACGUUCCCGGCUGCCGCUCCGACUCCGAAUGCGAGCGCCACAAACGCUGCUGCUACAACGGCUGCAUCUACGCCUGCCUGGAGUCCGUCCAGCCCCCACCGGUUCUGGACUGGCUGGUUCAGCCCAAACCUCGAUGGCUGGGAGGAAACGGAUGGCUGCUGGACGGACCGGAGGAGGUUCUGCAAGCGGAAGCAUGCAGCACCACGGAGGACGGAGACGAGCCUCUUCACUGCCCCACAGGCUACGAGUGCCACAUCAUCAACCCCGGGAACCCCGCCGCUGGCGUCCCAAACCGGGGCCAGUGCGUCAAGCAACGCGCCAACUCCGAUGGACGAGGUUUGAGGCACAAAUACUUUAAGGACUACAAGGACUACUUGGGAUCCAGUUCCACCAACGCAGUGGGCUACGAGAAGCAUCAUCACAAGCAUCUCGGAUGACGACACGUCGGAUUUGAUCUUCUUACAGUCAGCAUGGAAAAGCUGGAAAUAAGAUUACAGCUAUUAGCUUGUUUAUUGUUCGUGUUCCAGAGCUUCAAAAGGCAAAAAGAAAACAGGGGGAACAAAAUACUAAAACCUGUUCAUCAGCUGAUCAGAGGUUUAGUUUUAAAAAUCUCCACAGCUGUAAUAUCUUCUGCUGAAGCGAUUAAUCAGAUUUAUCGCAAUUAAUUUAUUAUUGAAAUAAACAUGAACUGAUAAUUAAUUGUAGUAAAUAGACUCUAGAUUCCUGAGAGAACAGCACAGUUGGAGCAGAAAACUAAAAUAUCAACAUUUUGCAUUAAAGAUAAAAACUUGCUUUGUCUAUAAAUCUGGCAGUUUUAGCUUCACCUGGUUCGGAUUCCAUGCAAAUAUUAGAAGAUUUUUAGUUUCAGAUGCUACAUAUGAUCAAGUGUUUACUAAAGGAAUGCUGUUAUUGAGUUUAGGUAAUAAAAUACUGAUUUUCUUAUUUUAAAAAUGAAUUUAAUUCUUUGCUUAUUUGCAGUUUUUAAAGUAUUUCUAAUACAAGCUUAAGAGGUGAAAUGAGAAAUCUGCUGAUUGCGACUCGAUUAAUCAGCUGAAACAAUCCGUGAAUAAAAACCCUGAGCAGCUGAUGAACAUCCUGUUUAGGUUCUGCUUUUUGCAGCUCUGAGAUUUUAAUCUGUUUAUUCCAGUCAUCAUCUGCUCCUGCUGUAAAAACAGGAUGUUUGUCGUCAGGCGGCUUUAAUACGGCCUCAGAUGUUGACCCGGUCCAGUUUGAUCUCCUCCAACCUGAACCGAGACGGAUCUCAGGUUUGUCCCUCCGCCUGCCGCCUCAUCGAGCCGCCGCCUGGCGUCCUGCUAUCCAACCAAAGAAACGCUGAAGGUGUUCAGGAAAACAAAGGAGAGGCCCGAUGUGGACCAAAGCUGUUUGUAAAAUCUUUUUUUGUGUUUUCUCAUUUUUUCCCCGACAACAAUCCAAACAAACUGGUCACCAGUAAGAACCAGGACCACGUGGCGCUCGUCUGCGUUCUGCCCAGAGUUGGUAAAGCGGACAGCGAGGGAAUAAAUCCAGCUGCAGGGCUGACAUUUCUGCUUUAAACCCCAACAUGAUCUCAGAGGCUAAAUAAUGAAAAGCAGAAUAAAACCCAGAUGAGUGAAGGUUGGAACAGCAGCUGGGGCUUUAAAUCAGUUACCAAAGGGUUUUGGGUGUAGUAAAUAAUAAAAUAUUAGUUAUUAACAUGUCGGCAUAUAUCCAUAGUUUUGUUUUAAAAGAAAGUAGGUUGAAUUAGUUGCUAGACCAAAACGAGCUGAAGUAACAUUUUAACAAACAUCUGAUCAGUUGUUUACGUUUUAACAGGGACAUAAAAGCUGAUAUUAUUUAAUGAGAUAAUAAAACUUCUGACGGUGUUCCUGAGAAAUGAUGACGGAGCAGAGAGGAUUUCAGUAAUAAAUCUGAACAUUUGUUUUUAAACUGCAGCAGCUUUAUGCUCUGUUCACAUGGUGCUCUGGUUUUUACUGCCCAACAGAAGAAUAAGCUGAAAACUAGUUGAAUGUCUCUCUGACUGGUGCUGCAUCGAUUCCACUUUAAUAAACCUUAUGACUCAAACUUG